AUGGAGGAUGCACCACCACCACCUGCUGGUUCAGAGACGAAUGAGACGCAACUCCCUGUUGUGCCUCAAGCAAGGAUUUUCCCUGCUGGCCCUCUCAUUCCCAUGGAUCCUGAAGGUCGCAUUCGCGCCUUGUCCGUGUCCCAGGACACUUGCGACGACGACACCCUGCCUGCGCAGCCUCUUCACGAUGGUGUCGCUACGCAAUUUCCUCGCCCUCCUGUGCUCGCUGGGGUGAUGGCUCGGCGACGCAAAUCCCUGUCUCGCGACAGCGAGUUUUCUGCAGAGCGGGAUCUUCGUCAUGCAGGACAGGGUGAAGCUUGGCCUACUGCCCAGCGGCUUUUCGCGGGUGCUCGGACUGCUGCGCCAUCGUCUCCCCAGGUCAACGCUGGCUCCACUGCUCCUCCAGCUUCAGAUGGGGAUGAAGGAAUGAUGGAUGAAGGCCCUGGGGGUGAUGAGCUUGGUCAGCUGUUUUCGAGCCUCUACGACGGCGAGUUCGCCCCGUCUUCUGAGCCGAGCGAGUCUGAAGCGCAGCCCCCUGCUGACGACCAGUUCCCAUCACAGCGGCCUGGUUUUGAUGAUUGGCUGGAACAUGAGGCGUCUGCAGACGAGCAGUUUGAUGAUAAUGAUUACAGUGGCGAUGAGGAACCUUGCCUGUGGUGCAUGCCUUGCUGUCGUUCAGUGGUUCAUGCACUGAAGCUUAUUGCCAAGGCUUCCACAGAGGAAUGGGAUGUCAUUGCGCCUUUCAUCGAUUGUGUGCCUCUGGGUUCACGCUGUGUUGCGUGCAACCGUAAGCACAAGACCUGCGAUCAGCCGGCAGACCUUAUGGAGGGCAAUCGCCAAGAGUGCGAUGACUUCCUGGUUUCUUUUCGCCAACUCCAGUGCACAAUGGUGAACUCUGAUGGAGAGCCGUACAUUGCUGCUGCAGAGAUUGUUCGUGCUGCGUCACCUGACGAGAUCAUGUUCUCUGAAGAGACUCGCCGUGCUUGCACUGGCUUGUUUUUCGAGGUUCUGCUGGCUUUUGAUGAGAUGGAGAAGGCUCAUCGUUCCCGACACAAGAUUGGUGGCAAAGUGGCCAAUCGCGACAUGCCCACGUACAACGCUGAAGUGUCAAGGCGCCGUACUGCCUUGCAGCGGGGUGUGCAGCCUUUGAGCCAGCAUUCAGGUGUGGAAGCUGAAGAUGCGUACGCUGUGGCGACCACCUUGCGUCUCAGCAAGAACGACCCCUUGGGAGUUUCCUGGCUGCAGACACGCAGAGACGUGCACCGCAGAUGGAUGGUGCUUCUCAGGAAUGAUACCCUUUGUGCUGCGCGUGGUGAUGAGAGUGGCAGCUUCCGCCGCGUACUCAUCCAUUAUCGCGCCAAGGUCCCCACCUAA